AUGGAUGGAAAUCCAGAGGACGAUGCCUCCCGCCCAUCGCCCACGUCAGCGCACGAAUCGCGCGACGCGCAGAGCCCGGGCGCGUCGACGCAUUCCGCACGACGUGGUGAAGACCUCGUGAGCACGGCGUACGAGUCCUACGUCCUCAGCCGCGGAGGAUCGCGAGCGAUCCGAAAAGUGUUGAUCGCGAACAACGGACUGGGAGCGGUGAAGGCGAUCCGAUCGAUGCGGCAGUGGGCGUACGAGACCUUCAAGUCGCGGGAAGUUCUACACUUUGUCUGCAUGGCUACGCAGGAUGAUUUACACGCUAACGCAGAGUACAUCAGGAUGGCCGAUGAAUUCGUCACGGUAGACGGUGGAAGCAACAGAAACAACUACGCAAACGUGGAUCUGAUCGUCAAGGUGGCACGAAAAUGUAGUGUCGACGCCGUUUGGCCGGGUUGGGGACACGCGAGUGAGAAUCCGCAGCUGCCGUUCCAGUUGGCAUACUACGGCAUCGCAUUUCUCGGUCCGCCUGCUUCUGCCAUGGAUGCUGUCGGUGAUAAGAUUUGCGCGAACAUUCUCGCGCAGUCUUGCAACGUGAACGUAAUCCCGUGGUCGGGAAGCGGUCUGACAGUGCUGGGCACAGAGAUUCCGGGUGACAUAUUAGAUCAAGCAACCUUGUCGACGGUUGACGAAGCUGAAAAUGCGGUGAAGAACAUCGGAUUUCCCGUCAUGAUCAAAGCCUCCGAAGGCGGUGGAGGAAAGGGCAUUCGGAAGGUGAACUCGAUGGAAGAUCUCAGAGCUGGUUUUGCGCAAGUGCAAGCGGAGGUUCCGGGGUCACCAAUUUUCAUUCAAAAGCUUAGCGUAGAUUCGAGACACUUGGAGGUCCAGAUGGUGGCGGACAAGCACGGUCAGGCGAUCGCACUUUAUGGACGAGACUGCUCCGUUCAGCGAAGGCACCAAAAGAUAAUCGAAGAGGGUCCCAUCACCAUCGCGCCGCGAGCGUUGUGCGAGGAACUCGAACGCGGCGCGGUUCGCUUAGCAAAGAAAGUCGGUUACUGUGGCGUGGGCACGGUUGAAUAUCUUUACAACAUCAAAACCGGCGAGUAUUCUUUCCUCGAGGUAAAUCCGCGCUUACAAGUCGAGCAUCCGGUGACAGAGCAAAUCACUGGGGUGAACCUGCCUGCCGUGCAACUACAGUUGGCCAUGGGCAUUCCUUUGAACAAGAUCCCAGAUGUGCGCCGAUUCUUCAAGCAAGACGACGUUCACGGCGUGUCGUCGAUCGAUUUUGACAACGUUGCGCCGAUCGCUCCUCUCGGACACUGCGUCGCAGGAAGAAUUACCGCGGAGAAUCCGGAUAGCGGCUUCAAACCGACUUCGGGCACAAUUCACGAGCUUCAUUUUCGAUCACUUCCGGGCGUCAAUGGCUCGUUCUCGAUUGGUACUUCCGGCGGUGUACAUCAAUUUGCUGAUUCGCAGUUCGGUCACGUUUUCGCCAUCAAGCCGACGCGCGAGGAGGCAAUCACGCUGCUCGCCCACGCGCUGAGUGAGUUGAGCGUUCGAGGAGAGAUUCACUGCAACAAGGCAUAUCUCAUUAAGCUGUUGGAAAAACAGAGAUUCAUCAUGGAUGAACACGACACCGCGUGGUUGGACGGUCUCAUCGCUGCGAAUGACAAGUCCGAACCGUUGCAGGAUCACAUCAUCGUCGCGUGCGGCGCUGUUCUUCAGUCAUCGAGCAGGCAUCAGAACCUCGAAGCCGAGGUCGCCGCAUGCCUCAAUCGCGGCGUUCCUCCGGAGCCGUGGAUGACGAAUCUUAGUGAGCACAAAUUUGAACUGAUUUACAACGACAUCAAGUACAGUCUCCGAGUCACCAUGGGUAGUGAGACUUCAUUUUAUCUUCACAUCAACGGGGCACUCAUCGAGGCGGAGGUUAUGGAAUUGCCCGAUGGUGGUUUGAAGGUGCUGCUGAACGGUCAGGCUUACUUGGUAUACCCCGAACAAACGAAGGUGGGCGUGAAGAUUCACGUGAACGGACGACCGUGCUUCUUCCCGGACGAUUUUGACGCCACCAAGCUAGUCGCGCAGGGGCCGGGGAAACUGCUCAAAUUUUUAGUUGAAGAUGGCGAGCGAGUGGUGGCGAACCAGCCGUACUGUGAGAUAGAAGUGAUGAAAACUGUCAUGCCGUUAAUUGCGACGAGUACAGGGAUUAUUCGACACAUCGCACGAAUCGGUGCUAUCUUGGAGGCUGGCGAUGUUCUGUGCAAUGUAGAUGUGGAAGAUGUCUCAGGCGUGCAGCAAUCCAAGCCGUUCACGGGCGAUUUUACGAGAAUGCGAACCAGGUCACUGAUUGGUAUGUUGCCCGAUGAUUCGCCGCUUGCGCGAUUUACUCGUUCAAACGCGGGUGUGGUUCAAAUUUUAGCAGGCUACGACUUCAACGGUGAUCCGCUGGAGGUGCUCUUCGACGUACUUGGCACUCUUCCUCUCGUCGUCGAUGACUUCAUGGAGUCCAGGGAGGCGGUCAUCUCUCGCGCGAAACCGAAAGCGCGUGAUGAUCUCCGAGAGAUCGCUGAAACGAUGUCAGCGUCGAUCAUCGCUGACUCGAACAGUGACGCUACCACAGAUGCUGUUUCGGUGGCGGUUUCGCAAAUUCGGCAUUUGAUAGAUGAAUAUGGAGCCGACUUCGCACCUCUUGCAGCGUUUUGCGAGCGUCACAGCGGUGGUUUGGCACAAAGUCGAGCUCGCGUAGUGACACGUUAUCUUGAAACGUUUCUGGACGUUGAAGAGCCGUUCUCCAGGUGUGGCUCGACAGAGGACGCCAUCAUGUUCUUGCGAGACCGCUAUCGCAACGACGUCUCCGUCGUCGCCAAGUACGCUCACGCGAACGCCAAACUCAAACGUCGUUCCGAUCUCAUCGCGAAAAUUCUCGAUCAAGUUUCGUUCCACGAUAUGAUUGACAUCACUCCGUGUCACGACGCCGUGGUGCGUUGUAUGAACCUCUCUGGCCGAGAUUACGAAUACGUGGCGCAGACGGCACGGGAAAUCAUCGUCAGAAAACAGGAGAUCACGCGAAAGUCUAGACGCGCUCGAAUGGCGGCCGCCUCAAGAGCGAAUAGGAUGUCUAGAGACGAGUCUUUCUCGGCGUUUGCUCAACUGUCGAUCGAGGAAUCACGGCGCAAAUCUCGUCGCUCGGGGUCCUUGUCAAAGUUGAGCGUUGGAAGUGAAUCGGAUCUCUUGAGCGACACAGAGCCCGCGAGCGCGAGCGAAAGCAACGCGGAAUCAUCCAAGCGCUACAUCGGUAACAUUUUCUUGGACAGUCAUAACUCUAUCACGCGCUAUCAGUCGUAUGAAAACAUCGACGAGAUUGCCGACGAGUUGUUGCAGGCGCACACGUGGGAAAGUCUCUUCGACAGCACUUCAGAAACCUCAAGGCUCACAGCGAUCGAGACUCUUUUUGCCGCGGCUGGUGUGCGAACGUUCACGAUUCCGAAUGCACGACCGGAACCGGUUCCGUGCGAGCCAGAAGUCGUGCGACUCGCGCUCGAUGACACGACCCACUUGUUUGCUCCGUCACUCGGCCACGCGGUUGCCGCACUUCCGGAUGCAACGUCAAGCAAUCCAAAGAAGUUACACUUCAUCAUAUCCUAUCACAGAUUGGUCGGCAGAAACGAUUCUGAUAUUCGAGCCGCGGCUGAGGCGUUCGUGACCGGUCAGUACUUGGCAGGGGCUCUCAAAUGCGAGAGUCUUGAGCACGUCAUUGUCACCCUUCUCGCGCUAGACGCCAAGCCGCAUCAUUUCACGUUCGAGCGCGUCUCAGAGGAUUCCACCUCUGAGGGUUUCGUAGAGAUGCCGAGCGCUCGUGGUUUCUGGCCGCACGUCGCCGAUCAGCUUGAGGUCGAACGUCUAGCGCUUUUCCGCGUGGAAUGCGUCGGAUUGCUGAGCUCGCGCACCUAUCAGCGCCACACCAAUUUCGUCUCACCAUCCGAGUACACAAUUGGUGUCUUCCUUGCGGAAGAGCCGAGCGUCAAGCUUGGUCACAAACAACCUCAACGCGAUCGUCGUGUCUUCUUACGAGCAGCAGUGUACAACAAAGAUCUACUCUUCGAGAGUAACGCGUCGUUGGAUGGGCGGAGAGCAUCGUUCGAUGCUGUGCGCAGCGAUGCGCGAGGCACCGGAAACGCGCAUGAUGAUAGCGUUUUUGCUGACGUUCUCGGAUCUUUGGAGCUCGCCGUAGGGCGUCAUCGCACGGCGGCAAAUCACGUCUUUAUUAACCUCGUCGGUGCCGAUGCGGAGGACGAUUUGCCGAGCGUUGAGGGCGCUAUCUCUUCAUUCAUCCAUCACGCGUUUGAGGAUUUGCGGCGACUCAAGGUUGCGUGCGUUGAAGUGCGCAUCGGCACAGGAUGCGUCAUCGCGGAAAACACGAGCGGGCUGAGGUUCAAGAUCGCCAAGUCAAUGGAUUGCUGCGCUAAGCGAGAAGUGCAUCCACUGUUGAACAAGAUUCAGCGCAAACGUAUGGCUUGUCAGAACUUGUCUUCGACGUAUGUGUACGAUUUCCCAGAGGUUUUCUCCGCGGUCAACUCGGAGAUGAACCCCGGGGUUGGUAACAUCCUCGACCUCGCCGAACUCAUUCUCGACCCUGAUACGGGCUCUCUUACACGCACUGACCGCGCGCACGGAUUGAAUGACGUCGGUAUGGUUUGCUGGCGUGUCUCCUUGGCGACGAGGGAAUAUCCAUUGGGUCGGGAGAUCAUUCUCGUCGCAAACGACAUCACACACAUGUCUGGAUCCCUCUCACCCCCUGAAGACGCAAUCUACCGCGCGGCGUUCGAUUUAGCCGUCGAAGAAGGAUUGCCUUGCGUCUAUCUAAGCUCGAAUAGCGGUGCGCGUAUCGGUCUUGAUGAGGCUGUCAAGGCAGCAUUCAGAGUGCGCUGGGUCGACGACGCCGACGUGUCCAAGGGCUUCAAGUAUAUCUAUCUUAGCGAAGAUGACUACGAAAUUUUAUCCGCCAAGGGUCGGGUCAAGGCGAAUAAAAUCGUCUCUGACGACGAGGUUCACUACGCUCUCACGGAUGUGUGCGGAGGUCAAAGCGUUGAAUGUUUACAAGGUUCCGGCGAGAUCGCCGCGGCGACGAGUCGAGCGUACAAGAGCACAGUCACAAUCGCGUACGUCACUGGUAGAAGCGUUGGCAUCGGUGCGUAUUGCUCUCGCUUGUGCCAGCGAGUGGUGCAGCAGGUUGAUGCACCACUCAUUUUGACUGGAGCGAGCGCGCUCAACAAGGUGCUCGGCCGAGAGGUGUACACGAGCAAUGCGCAGAUCGGUGGUUCUAAGGUCAUGGGGUCGAACGGAGUUUCACAUCUCACCGUGCUCGACGACGUCGGCGGUGUCAGGAGUAUCCUUCAAUGGUUAUCCUACAUCCCUCGUCGACGCGGAGAAGCGCUUCCGUUCUUAUCUUCGAUUGAUCCGGUGAGGCGUUUCGUCACGUUUAAUCCGCCACAGUCGCCGUAUGAUCCCCGAGAAAUGCUUGAAUCGUUUUUCGACGCGCAUUCUUUCAUGGAGAUCAUGCCAGAGUGGGGUCGGACUGUCGUUACUGGACGCGCGCGCCUCGGUGGUAUUCCUAUAGGCGCCGUUGCCGUGGAGACGCGUACGGUGAACAAGACGAUUCCCGCUGAUCCGGCCUUUGCAAGCGCGCAAAUUGCUGAAGAGUCUCAAGCUGGUCAGGUUUGGUUCCCUGAUAGUGCGUUCAAGACGGCGCAAGCUAUCGGUGAUAUGAAUCGUGAAGGGCUGCCUCUCAUCAUCUUCGCGAACUGGCGAGGUUUCGCCGGCGGCUUGCGUGAUAUGUACGGCGAGGUGCUCAAGUAUGGCGCCUACAUCGUCGACGCUCUUCGCGAGUACAACCAGCCCGUGUUUGUUUAUAUCCCGCAAGGUGGUGAGCUUCGCGGUGGCGCGUGGGUCGUCAUCGAUAGUUCCAUCAAUCCGGAACAGAUGGAAUUCUACGCAGCAGAGGGCGCUAGAGGAGGCGUCUUAGAACCCGAGGGUAUCGUUGACAUCAAGUUUAGGCGCCAAGACUUGCUCGCGACAAUGAAGCGCACCGUUCCUGGAGGCUUAGGUGACUCCCAUGACGACGAUGCGAAGAAACAAGCGCUCAUGCCGACGUUCAAGCAGCUCGCGGUUCACUUCGCCGCGCUGCACGACACUCCAGGAGUGAUGUUGCACAAGAAGGCGAUCAAGGAUGUCAUCCCGUGGGAGACGUCACGGCAAUUUUUCACCCAAAGACUUCGCGCUCGCUUGGCCGAGAACAGAAUCAAGACAGAAAUCACGCGUCGAGGCGCUGCAGGCAAACAAGUCUGCGAGCUUCUGGCCAACGUCGCGCACGUCGUGGAGGAGAUCACGGUGGACGAGCGGAGCGCCAUCGAGCCCGAGCGCCACCCGGACGUUUGCGCCAUGCUCGAGUCCAUCGCGUCGACUCGAGCGUAA